AUGCUGUCUUCUCAGUACAAGUCUCCCUCCCUCACUUUGGCUUACACGGUAACAUCCAUCAUGGUUGAUAUCCAAGAGGGACUCAUCAACAUGGUUAAAGACUGGGACACAGCCCUCUUCAAAUCCAACAUCAUGGCCCACAGCGCCCUCGCCCAAGUCUUCAAUCUCCCCGUGAUCAUUAGUAGCAGCGCGUCAGUGGGGCCCAACGGCAUCGUUCCAAAGGAACUCGUUGCAAUGCACCCCAAUGACACGAUUAUCGACCGCAGCGGCGAGGUCAAUGCCUGGGACAGCAAAGACUUUCGUAAUGCAGUGCAGGCGUCAGGUAAGACGCAGAUCAUCGUUGCUGGGAUCAUGACGGAUAUCUGGCACAACGUUCCUGUCCUUUCUCUUCGUGAGGAAGGAUACGGUGUCUAG